AUGAGCAUGGAACCAAAGAAUACAACCAAGCCGCGCGACGGCUCGAUGGCCGUGGAGUCGUUCGACAGCGGAGAAGUGGUGAAAGAAGGUACAGAGGAGCCGUUGUCGCACGGCAGAAGAGACGGUCUGGUGAGCCGGGUUGUGGACUCUUUCAAAAGGCCCGUGGACGAGACCACACAGCAUGCACACUACAACGAGGCCGGCAGCUUCGCGGACAGUGACCAGUGCAAGCGGUCCCGCGACGUCAACGCGGGCAACAGCCACAAGACGCUCAAACAGCAUAUCCGGCCCAGACACAUGCUGAUGAUCUCGCUGGCGACUGGGAUCGGGACCGGGCUGCUGGUGGGGAACGGGCAGUCGCUGCACACCGGCGGGCCUGCGUCGCUGGUGAUCGGGUACCUGAUUGUGUCGUCGCUGUUGUACUGCAUCAUACAAAGUGCGUCGGAGCUGGCCAUGUCGUACACGUCGCUGUCCGGGGGAUUCACGGCGUACCCGGCGCUGCUGGUGGACAGAGGGUUCGGGUUUGCCGUGUCGUGGGUGUACUGCCUGCAGUGGUUGUCGGUGCUGCCGCUCGAACUGGUCACUGCGUCGAUGACCAUCAAGUACUGGAACGACAGCAUCAACCCGGACGCAUUUGUGGUGAUCUUCUACGUGGUUCUCGUGUGUAUCAACUUCAUCGGCUCCGAAGGGUACGCGGAGGCCGAGUUCUUCUUCAGUCUGUGCAAAGUUCUGAUGGUCGCCGGGUUCUUCAUCCUGGGAAUCAUCAUCAACUGCGGCGGCGCGGGCAACAGCGGAUACAUCGGCGCGCGGUACUGGAGGGACCCAGGCUCCUUCCGAGGCGACGACGCCAUCUCGCGAUUCAAGGGCCUGGUGUCGGUGCUGGUUACGUGCGCGUUUGCGUACGGCGGUGCCGAGUUCUCGGUGCUAACCGCUGCCGAGCAGUCCAACCCCCAGAGGUCGUUGAGAAGCGCGUCCAAGCGGCUUCUGUACCGUAUAUUCGGGAUCUACUGUAUGACGGCGGCUCUCAUUGGGUUUCUGGUGCCCUGGAACUCGGACGAGCUCCUGGGAUCCGGGAGCGCCGCGACCCACGCUUCGCCGUUUGUCAUCGCAGUGGCCUCCCACGGCGUGAAGGUGGUUCCGCACUUUAUCAACGUGGUCAUUCUGUUUUCGGUGCUGUCAGUGGGCAAUUCCGCGCUAUACUCGUCGUCCAGAAUCAUGCUGUCACUGGCAGAACAGAAAUUCGCUCCGCAGUUCCUCGCCUACGUCGACAGACGAGGCAGGCCGCUGCUGUCCCUGGUGGUGAGCUGCGUGUUUGGGCUGCUCUCGUUUGUGGCCGCGUCUCCCAGGGAAGAGACCGUUUUCACCUGGCUGUUGGCCAUCUCCGGGCUGAGCGAGCUGUUCAUCUGGUUCUCCAUUGCCCUUUCGCACGUCCGGUUCCGGGCCGCGCUGCACGCGCAGGGCAAGUCCCUGGACGAGCUCGGGUACAUUCCAUGGACGGGCCUGUGGGGGUCCUACUACUCCAUGGCGAUGAUUAUUCUCAUCCUGGUGGCCCAGUUUUGGGUCGCCAUUUCGCCCGUGGGCUCCGCCCAGCUCGACGUGACCUCUUUCUUCGAAAACUAUCUCGCCAUGCCGCUACUGAUCGUGCUCUACCUGGGAUACAAGCUGGUGUCUCGCGACUGGAGACUGGUCAUUGCCGCCAAGGACGUCGACCUCGUGUCCGACAGGAACGUGUUUGACGCCGAGGUGCUGAGGCACGAGCAGAUGGAGGAGAAGGAGCGCGUCCGCAACUCGUCCUGGGCUGUGCGCAUGUCCCAUUUCUGGUGUUAG